CUUCUAACUUCCAAAAGUCCUGACAUUUCCUUAGGCACUUUUAGCCAUUGCAUCCAUUUAACUGGCCAUCGUUGAUCAAUAAUUUCUGAGCUCUUCUGAUUCUUCCGUUCUAACGACUUUGUUCUUCAAGUAUUUCCGUCGCGCUGUCGCAAUUCGACGGUCGAUCUUCUUGUCCACCAAGUCUCGCAAUCCAUCAUCCAUCCUCCUCCGAAUCAUUGAUCACCAUGGAUCCUCCCGCCUCGAACGCUUCGCAGUCCGCUGCGGUAGCCGAAGGCGAUUCGAACGCCGUUGCUCCGAGCCCAGCACGCAGCGGCAGCUUCUCGUCGCACAAGUCCGACGAUUCUCAGACCGCGGCCGAUUUCAUUCGCAACCAGAUGCAGCUCGAAGCCGAUGCUCGGGAAGCGCUUCCUUAUAGCAUCGAAAACUGCACCAAGAUCCUGGGCCCUCUCCGCCAGAGCGUCUUCGCUUGCCUCACCUGCACGCCUCCCCCCCAUAACCCAUCGGACCCCUUCUCACCAGCCGGCGUCUGCUACGCCUGCUCGGUCCAAUGUCACGGCGAUCACUCCCUGGUCGAGAUUUUCACCAAACGCAACUUUACUUGCGACUGCGGUACUACGCGCCUGCCCGCCGCCAGCACCUGCGACCUUCGCGUCAACCCCAGCACGAACACCAAGGGCGGCGUCCACUCGGAAGAGCCUGACGCCAAUAACAAAUACAACCAGAACUUCCGGAACAGGUUCUGCGGCUGCGAGUGCGACUACAACCCCUUCCAACAGAAAGGCACCAUGUUCCAAUGCCUUGGCCUGGGCACCACCGAAACAGGCGGCUGCGGCGAAGACUGGUAUCAUCCCGGCUGUCUCGUCGGCAUGGGUCCCAGCUGGUUCGAGAGCAUGAAGAAAGAGAAGCCCGGCAAAGAUACCGGUGCGCCACGGGCCGCUGAAAACACCACCGAUGACGGAUCGCUUCCCACAAUCUCCGAAGAAGCCGAACGACAACAACCGCCACGGGAGGAAGCACCCACUAACCAAGAAGAAGAAGAAGAAACCGACGACGACGACGACGACCCGCCCAUGCCGCCCGGCUUCCCAUCCGAAGAUGAUUUCGAAGGAUUUCUGUGUUACAAAUGUGUCGCCGCGUAUCCGUGGAUCAGGAGGUAUGCAGGCACCAAAGGCUUUCUUCCUGCUGUGUUCACCCAACAGGAUGCGCCGGCGGUCCAGAGGCCCGAUACGAAGGGAGAUGCGUCGAACAAACGCAAGGCGGCAGAGGACCCGGAGGAUGCAUCUCAGACAAAGCGUGUGAAGAGUGAACAAGAGGAACCCGCGACGAAAAAAACCGGCCCCGCCGAGACAUCAUCAACGGAGAAACAACAAAACGGAGAGGCCGCCAACGGGCAAGGAAAGCAGCAGCUCGAGCCUGAAAAAGCCUCGACCUCGACCUGCAGGUGGGCAACCCUGCCGAACGGCCCUGACGACGCCCCCUUCUCCAUCUUCUUCACCGAAUUCUUCCGCGACCACCUCUGCCGCUGCUCGGACUGCUACGUCUCCAAACUCAACGCGCAUUCCCAGCUGCUCGAAGAGGAAGAGACGUACGAGCCCCCGCUGUCCGAGGACGGCGGCUCGGAACACGGCGGCUCCACCCAUGGGAGCGGCAGCCUGCUCGAGCGCGGCGAGAGCGCCUUGCGCAACGUCGAUCGCGUGCGCGCCAUCGAGGGCGUCAUGGCCUACAACCAUCUCAAGGAGCAGCUCAAGCCGUUUUUCCGGGAAUUCGCCGACAGUGGACGGGCCAUCGGUGCCGAGGACAUCAAGGCCUACUUUGCUAAGCUGCGCGGAGAUGACCAGGGCAUCAGGGAAGCGGGGGGCUCCCGUGGUGAGGGGGACGACGAUGAUCACGAUAACAGGAGAGAGCAGAGCGGAUACUAGGUGCGAUGGGAGAGCUAGGGAUUUUUUUUUUUUUUUUCGUUUUUUGUUUUGUGAAACCGGAACAGGGGGUGAUUGUGUCGCCCGGUCGGUGGAUAAAUCUGUACAAUAGUGGUUCAAUUGCUCAAGGGGUACUGGUGGUCUUCCUACUGCUGUGAGGCCAGAUAUCACGGGGAGUUGCGGCGUUGGGGGUGGCUACGACAAACUUCACGCGGGAUACCUUAGUUCAGGAAUUGAUUACCGAUGGAUAGGGCCGAGCUGAUAUUUGCCUGACAAUGAGCAAUAUUUGCCUCU